AUGACUCACAUAACUGGAGUACUACACUGGAUGGAUACAAACUCUUCAGAAGAGAUAGGAAAGGAAGAAGAGGAGCAGUGUGCCCAGGUGGCCAAGAGGGCCAAUGGCAUCCUGGCCAGUAUCAGGAAUGGUGUGGCCAGCAGGAGCAGGGAGGUCAUUCUUCCCCUGUACUCGGCACUGGUGAGGCCUCACUUGGAGUAUUGUAUCCAGUUCUGGGCCCCUCACUUUAGGAGGGAUGUUGAGUUGCUUGAGCAUGUCCAGAGGAGAGCAACGAGGCUGGUGAGGGGCUUGGAGUACAAGCCAUAUGAAGAACGACUGAGGGAGCUGGGGUUGUUCAGCCUGGAGAAAAGGAGACUAAGGGGCGACCUCAUCACUCUCUACAACUUCCUGAAGGGUGGCUGUGGUGAGCUGGGGGUCAGUCUCUUUUUCCAGGCGACAACAGAUAGAACAAGAGGACACAGUCUCAAGCUGCGUCAAGGGAGAUGCAAGUUAGAAUUAAGAAGGAAGUAUUUUACAGAAAGAGUGGUCAGAUACUGGAAUCAUUUACCCAGUGAGGUGGUAGAGUCAUCAUCCCUCAAAGAAUUCAAAAAAAGACUGGAUGUGGCACUUGCUGCCAUGAUCUAGUUGAAUUGUUAGAACAUGGGUUGGACUUGAUGAUCUUACAGGUCUCUUCCAACCUUGAAUUUCUGUGAUUCUGUGAUUCUGUGAAAGAAAACUAUUGAGGGUUUAAAUCUGCUGGGCAGAGGAGCAGCCUUUGGGCGGCUAAUUUAAUGUGUGUGUGCCUGAUAAUUACCCUUACAGCAACAUGAACAGCAAAUAAAAUUACCUCCAACAGCAGAA